AUGUCUAUGGAAAGGUCUGACAAUGUUCCCAGAUACGGCAAUUUCUCUGCCACAUUCCGUCCUCACUUCCAGACAGCGACUUUGUGGGCCGCGUGUUCCGACAUUUUCACCCAGUCCCAGCUGGCUGCUCGAAGAGUCGGUUCUGAGAAAUUCACAGAAAGUCAUAAGUCGAUUGCGACGAUCUCUCAUAAUCCCGGCCUCCAUGUACUUGGUCUCGUUGGGUGGGGGAAUAUCAGUAAGAAGCUGGCGUUCAAAGGCGCGGGUGGCGCUGGGAAUGAAGAUUCAUUAUUUUUGAUAUUGUCCGAGAGGAUGCGAAGGAAGAAGAGUAGUUGGCUGCGGCUUAUCAUGAUUCCUUGGAUGGUGGCUGAUUGUGUCACUUUGCACACUCCACGUAACAAGCAUACACAGUACUUGAUUCAUUCAAGAGCCUUAUCCUUGAUGAAACCCGAGACCAGGAUUGUUAAUACGGCGAGAGCAUCGAUUGUGAAUGAGGAUGCAUUAGUUCGUGCUCUUGAGAGUAAGCACAUUUCUGCUGCGGCGCUAGAUGUGCAUUACCAUGAGCCUCAGGUGUGGCCGACAUUGGCGAGUAUGGAAAAUGCUACGCUUACUACGCAUAUUGGCGGCGGGGUUCUGGAAACGAGGACCAAUUUCGAAUGGAAUGCUAUGCGUAACAUCAUUGCAGUUGUGGGAGCAGAUGGUGAUUUUGCAGGGGAUCCUUUGACGCCAGUGAAUAGAGAAGCAUUUGCGGCACAAGGAUAG